GCAGGCACAGACCCAGGUCAGUAGGCAGCAGCAGAGGCAGUCCCAGAGAAAGCUGACAAGUUCAGAGCAGGAGAGUCCCGCCCAGCAUGUCGCGCCUGUUUUUGCCUUACCUGCUAGGAGUCUGGCUGCUGCUGAGCCAGUUCCCCGGAGAGACCACUGCUAGCUCACUGAAGAGCUCUUCUCGAAGAAUCUUAUGCAAGAGCAAAGUUGUCGAUGUCAUUGAUAAGACUUGUGGGAAAGUCAGGAGGAGGAAUGCAGACUUCCAGGAGGAGUUCGCACUGCCAUAUGGGCCACAGUCAGCAUUGCUGCGAACCUCUGCCCACAAAGAUGCAGAAGCCUUGUAUGCCUUGUCGGAUUUCAUUCCCAACUUGCCCCAGGACCUGAAGGCAACGCUUUCUGACAAGCAGUCAUUAGUGAGGACUCUACAGCAUCCCAAACGCCGGGCAUUCUUUCUGGGAGCCAUCAGUAUAGUUUGCUGUCUAUUUAACUGUGUUGGGAAAGCUAAGAAAAUUUUCUGUUAAUGAUAACAGUAAUCGUUGACUCCAUGUAUAAUCUUCCUUUGUAAUCUGGAUGAUAUCUUUACUGA